UGGCAUGUGGGAUCUUAGUUCCCCAACCAAGUAUCGAACCCACGCCCCUUACUCCCAGGGGAGUAGGUAUUUUUAAUCCCCCAUGCUGGAGAAAGGGAAGCUCAGAGAAAUAACUUCAUCGGGUCACGUGGCUAGUGAGUGAGGGCGCCCAAAUUCCAAAGCCUCAACUUUUAACCAUUACUCUGUGCGGCCCAGUGGCAAAACAGUUGUCAUUUGAAUAGCACUUCUAUAUUUACAAAGUGCUUCUGCAGCUCUUAUCUUAUUCGAUCGUCCUGAUAACCCUGAUAAAUAUUAUUGUCAUCUACAGAUGAAAUUGAGGCCCAGAGAUUUUGACCUGUCGAAGGUCACAUACCUAGGAAGUGCUGGAACCAGCACUCUUUCCCAGGUCUUCUCUAAGUUUGAUGCCUUUUUCCUGUCACCCCACUCUCUCACAUUCUCAGAAUCUUGGAGAGCUUUAUAGUUAGAAAGAAUGAAAACCUAGUCUGACCCUUCGUUUUAUAGUUGAGGAAAGAAGACCUAGGUAGAAGAAAUGACUUGAUACAAGUCUCAGGUCAUCAGCAGAGCUUACACAAGUGCUUUUUGAAUACAGGGUAGUUAUGAAUCUAAAAAGGAUGGCUGGCAGGGAGUGAUGAGACAGGAAUAUUGGAAUCCAGCCCUCCUAGCUCUUAGGCAAAAGCUCUUUCUCCACGUGUUAAAGUGUCUCAUCUUUCCUUUGCCUGUGUCAGGGACAUGAUCCUGCAUAGAGUCAGAUACUGUAAAUGCCUUCACAUGGCACUGAAUUUAGAGAACAUGCCCUAUUAUCUCUACGUGAAAAAUCUGGCAAACCAAGAGAUAAUGGAAGCAGUGGGAAGUAGAGCCUAGGACCUACUGUCUGAGGCUUAGAUUUCAGUUCUGGUGCCGGCAUUGUGACCUUGAGGAAGGACUUAAUCUUUAUAGACUUUCGCUCAUGGAUUCUUCACAUUUAUUCAGUGUCUCCUAUGUUCAGAACUGUGGUAGGGACUGGGGAUGCAGCCGUGAACAAGACAACCAUAGAUUAGUCCUUGUACUGCUUAUAGUCUUAUGGAGGGAAUUAGACAAUAAUCAAAUAACUACACAAAUAUUAACUGGUAUUGUUAAAGUAGGUACUAUGAAAAAGUACAGGGUGCUAUGAAAGUGGGCUAUAGGACGUUUGACCUAUUGGGCUAGAGGAGAUAGCCAAGGAAGGCUUCCUCUGAGGAAGUGAUGCUUAAGCUGAAAUCUGAAAGAAAAGUGUGAGGUAGUUCAUUAAAGAGGUGAGGGAAGAUCAUUACAAGUAGAUUCAACAGUAUUUUUGAAGACCCUGGAGCAGGAAGAAUAUUCAAGGAAAUGAAAGAUCAAUUUGCUUAUUUGUAAAAUGUGGGUGAUUAUCACAACCCUGGUUACUGUGAGAACCAGGUAACACAUGGAAGUAUUUUAUAUACAACAAGGAUCUGCGUGUGUGCACACCCACAUUUAUAAAAGUCUACAUAUCAUAAGCUAAUAUACAGCUGGAUUGGUAGGGGUUGCUGGGACAGUGGAUAAACCAGGACUUUGUGUUCCUCAUCUAUUUCUUUACAAAAUUAAAGUGCACCUUCUAUGGAAAAACAGGAAAAUUCAAGUUUGAGAACCUCGACUUUGGAUAAAGAAUAUGUGCUUCAAGUAGUUUUAAAAAAUGUUUCAACAGUUGGAAAAAUAAUGCCAGUAAUUAUACUGCCUUAUGUACACAAUCUAGGAUAGUGUUUAAGAGCACAGACUCUGGAACAAAAGUGCCUGAAAUAAAAUCUUGGGCAAAUUAUUUAUCUUGUGCCUCUGUUUCUUUAUCCGUAAGAUGAGUAUAAUAAUAAGUACAUAUCUCCUAGGUUAUCAUGAAGCUCAAAUGAGUUAAUAUAUGCAAUAUAUCAUUUAGAAUUGUUUCUGGCACAUAGUUAUAACUAUAUGAUUAUAAGCUAUUGUUUCAUUAUUGUUAUAAUUACCUUUUUAAAGGCUCAUUAAUAUCACCAUGAGAAAGAUGCAGUGGAAACUGUAGCUCAGAGAGGCUGAUGAUCUCCCUAAGGUCACACAGCUAGUAAAUGGGCAAACUGAGAUUCCAGUUCAAGACCGCAUCCAAAGUGGGUGUUCACAAGAAUUGUCUUCAGUCAUGGCCUUGGGUUUAAGGUGCUCCCGCUUGGUCCACCCUGCCUUUUGCAACUUCCUUGCAGCCUUGACCAGACCUGUUUCAGAAGUUACGCUGAAGACAGUGAGUGGAAGACAGAAUGACCACGGGCAAUACCUGGCCUAUCCAGCUGUACCAAUCCGUCAUUUCGCUACCAAGAAAGCCAAAGCCAAAGGGAAAGGACAGUCCCAAACCAGAAUGAAUCUUAACACUGCCUUGGUUGAGGAUAUAAUCAGCUUGGAAGAGGUGGAUGAAGAAAUGAAGUCGGUGAUAGAAGCGCUCAAGGAUAAUUUCAAUAAGACUGUCAAUAUAAGGACCUCACCAGGAUCCCUUGAUCAUAUCACUGUGGUAACUGCUGAUGGGAAACUUGCUCUAAACCAGAUUGGCCAGAUCUCCAUGAAGUCACCACAGCUGAUUUUGGUGAAUAUGGCCAGCUUCCCAGAGUGUACAGCUGCAGCUAUCAAGGCUAUAAGAGAAAGUGGAAUGAAUCUGAACCCAGAAGUGGAAGAGACGCUAAUUCGGGUACCCAUUCCCAAAGUAACCAGGGAGCACAGGGAAAUGCUGGUGAAACUGGCUAAACAGAACACCAACAAGGCCAAAGACUCUUUACGGAAGGUUCGUACCAACGCAAUGAAUAAGCUGAAGAAAUCGAAGGAUAAGGCCUCGGAGGACACCAUUAGGCUCAUAGAGAAACAGAUCAGCCAAAUGGCCGACGACACAGCUGCAGAGCUGGACAGACAUCUGGCAGUGAAAACCAGAGAACUCCUUGGAUGAAAAUCCCCCAGGGGCCAGCAGUGCUCCCAAGCCCAGUUUCUAGUAGGUCCCAUGGGUGGCAAAUUGGCACCUCUCUACCCCAUCCACACGGAAGGCUGUCCCCACGCACUUGGCAGUCCUUGGAAGGCCCAGCCUUCCAGUGGGACACUGUUGAUUCCCUUCCUCCUGUCCCCUGUCCACCCCAUCUGCUCUGGACCUUCUGGCCUGGGUGGCCCUCAGAGAGUCUCUGUUGCUGACAGAGGGCCUUUCCUCGGGCCAUCUGCCUUGACUGUGACAUCACCGAGCUGUCAGGACCAUUGGCAGGCUUGGCACUGCCUGCGCCUCACCUUGGUAGCCUCCUUUUCAAACAAUUAGUCAGGCCCUGUCCCCACCUUUGAACUCUGCUUGGGCCAAUGUGGGCCUUCACCUGUGCCUGGAUACCUUUGCUAGAGGCCCAUUUUCUAACCAAACAAUAAAAUCUAAAUAAAUUGAUUGGAAAGAAUAACAACCGCAAAGGAAAGGAUGGACUCAGUCUGAA